GCGCGGGAGGACCGAGGCUGGCGGAGCCGCCCGUGCGGACCGCCGGGCCCACGGGAGACCGGGGCCUGGGCGGAACGCAGCGCAGCGGGCGGAGGAGGCGUAAACAAGGAGGGCGGCGCCCGGCGGAAGCUGCGGGCCCAGCCUUCCCGGGCGGAACCGGCGGGCUGCGCUGCUGGGCUCUGCGCCGGCCUCGCCUACCCCGCUCUUCCCGGCGCGGAGCAUGGGGCGAGAAGGAGGAGGAGGAGGAGGAGCGCUGCAGGCCGCGCUGCCGCUGCUGCUGGGGCCGCUGCUGCUGGGGCCGCUGCUGCUGCUGGCGCCGCCGGCCAGGGGUCAGUGUGAACCCCCAGCACAACUUCCAUUUGCUAGGCCUGUGAAUCCAAGUGAACAGUCUCAGUUUCCCAUCGGAACAUUUUUGAAGUAUGAAUGUCGCCCUGGUUAUCUCAAGAAACUGUUCUUUAUCACCUGCCAAAGUAACUCAGCCUGGACGAGUGCAGAAGACAAGUGUCAUCGUAAAAUGUGUAGAACCCCUUCAGAUCCUUUGAAUGGCAUGGUGAAUGUAAUCUCAGACACACGGUUUGGAUCCCAAAUUACCUAUAGUUGUAACACAGGGUACCGACUUAUUGGGGCCUCCUCUGCUAUGUGCAUACUCUCGGAAAAUACUGUUGAUUGGGAUAGUGAACCACCUGUUUGUGAGAGUAUUCCUUGUGAGCCACCCCCAGCCAUUGCCAAUGGAGAUUUCUUUAGCACCAACAGAGAAAAUUUUGUAUAUGGAAUGGUGGUGACCUAUCGCUGCAAUACUGGAGUAAGAGGGAAGGCCUUUCACCUCGUGGGGGAGCCCAGCAUAUUCUGCACCAGCAGGGAUGACCAAGUGGGCAUCUGGAGCGGCCCUGCCCCUCAGUGCAUUGAACCUAACAAGUGCACACCACCACAUGUGGAGAAUGCAGUCAUGGUAUCUGAAAACAGAAGCUUAUUUUCCUUACAUGAAAUCGUGCAGUUUACGUGUUGGCCCGGCUUUGUCAUGAGGGGCCCCUCCAGUGUGCAGUGCCAGGCCCGAAACACGUGGGGGCCGGAGGUACCGAGCUGCUCCGUGGAGAAAGCAUGUGAUCCCUUCCCAGACCAGCUCCCCCACGGCCAUGUGCUGUCUCCACCUACUCUCCAGCGUGGCACAAAAGUGUCCUUUGAUUGUGAUAAAGGGUAUCGACUCAUUGGCAAGUCAUCCGCCGAAUGUAUCAUCUCAGGAAACACUGUCAGCUGGGACACACAGCUGCCGACUUGUGAACAGAUUACUUGUGAGCCACCCCCAGCCAUUGCCAAUGGAGAUUUCUUUAGCACCAACAGAGAACAUUUUGUAUAUGGAAUGGUGGUGACCUAUCGCUGCAAUACUGGAGUAAGAGGGAAGGUCUUUGACCUCGUGGGGGAGCCCAGCAUAUUCUGCACCAGCAGGGAUGACCAAGUGGGCAUCUGGAGUGCCCCCCCCCCUCGGUGCAUUGAACUUAACAAGUGCCCACCGCCACACGUGGAGAAUGCAGUCAUGGUGUCUGAAAACAGAAGCUUUUUUUCCUUACAUGAAAUCGUGGAGUUUACGUGUCGGCCUGGCUUUGUCAUGAGGGGCCCCUCCAGUGUGCAGUGCCAGGCCCCAGGCACGUGGGGGCCAGAGUUACCGAGCUGCUCCGUGGCGUGUCAGCCACCUCCCAAAAUCCCGCAUGGGCAGCACACCACCGGCAGCAAGUCCUUCUCCCCCGGGCAGGAAGUGUCCUACAGCUGCGAGCCGGGCUAUGACCUCCGAGGGGCUGCCAACCUGCACUGCACCCCCCAGGGCCACUGGAGCCCUCCGCCUCCAUCCUGUGUAGUGAUAUUAUGUGAUAUCUUCCCAGACCAGCUCCCUAAUGGCCAUGUGGUAUUUCCACCGAACCUCCAGCUUGGAGCGAAAGUGUCCUUUGCUUGUAAGGAAGGGUUCCGAUUAAAAGGCAGCUCUACUAGUCAUUGUGUCUUGGAUAAAAUGAAAAGCCUUUGGAAUAGCAGUGUUCCUGUGUGUGAACAAAUCUUGUGUCCAAACCCUCCAGCUAUCUUCAAUGGGAAGUACACAGGCACUUCUCUGAGGGAUUUUCCUUAUGGAGAAGAAAUAUCUUAUGCAUGCGACCCCCACCCAGACAGAGGGAAGACUUUCAGCCUUAUUGGGGAGAGCACCAUCCGUUGCAUAAAUGACAGUCAAGGGAAUGGGAUUUGGAGUGGCCCUGCCCCUCACUGUGAGCUUUCUGUUCUUUCUGCAUGCCCACAUCCACCUAAGAUCCAGAAUGGGCAUCCCAUUGGAAAGCAUGCAUCUUCUUAUCUUCCUGGGAUGAAAUUCCUCUACACUUGUGACCCUGGCUACCUGGUGGAGGGAUCUGACUUCAUAUUCUGUACAGACCAGAGAACCUGGAGCCGACUUGAUCAUUUUUGCACAAAGGUAAAGUGUAGCCUCCCAAGUGAGCUUUUGAAUGGAAUCCUGGAGGAGCUCAAACUGAGACGAGAAUAUCACUAUGAAGAUGCUGUCAUGUUAGUGUGUAAGGCUGGGUACACCCUGGACGGCAGUCCCCAAAGCCAGUGCCAGGCGGAUGGCAGUUGGAAGCCCUCUCUAGGCAGCUGCACCUCUGGCUCACAUAAUGUUUCCACGGUUGUUGGCAUUUCCUGUGGUGUGAUCUUCCUUAUUCUAGCCAUAAUUGUUUUCUGUUGGAUAUUUCUAAAGCGCAAAAAACGAGAUGAAAUACCUAAAGGAGUGGAUGUCCAUCUAUGUCCUCAAGAAAGCGACUGCGUCCAUCCUCAAGCUCAGCUAAGAAGUCAGGAAAACAGCAGUGGCCCUCUCUAACAAAGUGCUAGAGAGCUGCUGGAGAACACCUCAACUUACAUGUUGCUUGGAGAGGAGCCAAUUCGUUUCAACAGAAUAAGAGCUGAGAUUCCCGAAGUCCUUGAAGUGACUUCACAGAGACGCAAGCGUGUGCCCUGAAGAUGAAGAUGCGGGCUUCCCGGUAUCCAGCAGAGCUGCCACUCUGUCUGUCACUGUCCCUCCCUAACCUCUCUGCCUUCUAGCCAGGGAACAGACUGCACUCUGAAUGUAGAAAAGAGUUUUAUUUACUUUAGGAAGAAACUGUUGCCUUAGGAGUUCUGGUUUACAAGUCUGUUGCUGUUCUUUCUUAUUUUAAAAUGUUUGCAAUGUGAAAUGGGCUGAUUAAGUAGAACUUGGAAAAUCUAGCAAGAGAGGAAAAUUAAAUUAACCACAUAUAUUGCUCAGUGGUAACCACUGUUAUUUUAGCUCAUUUUCUUCCAGUCUUUUUUUAUAUGUGUUUCUUUGUACACACAUGUAUCUUUUUUAAAUAAUCCCUUUAUUUCACAGAGUCUACUCCUUUAGACAAAUUGGAGUAAAAGAUAUAUAUCAGUUUUUACUUUCUCUAGGGAAUGAAAGUGAAUUUUGUUUACGGAAAAGGUAUUAAAUAGUUAUGGAAAACAGUGGUCAAGGAUACUCAGGAAAAGUAUCCAAAAAAAAAAAAAAGCUCUCUGAGUAUUUUCUAAGUUCUAUUUCAAAAGUACUUUGUAUCAUGUUAUAUAUAAAAAUAUGAAAAAUUGAAAUAAAAGAAUAAUUUUUAUUAUAAAAGUAGCUUAUUUUGUAUGAAUUGAGAAUAUACUAGAUUAACUAAAAAAUAUAACUUUUAAGAAUUUAUCAGUCAAUCAGUACCAGAAGGGAUAAGUUCUGGUGUCCUAUUGCACUGUGAAGAAUUGAUAAUGAUAAUCUAUUAUAUAUUUCAAAAAAAAAGCUAGAAGAAAAAGACUUUCAAUGUUUUCACUACAAAAGAAUGAUGAAUGUUUGAGGAGGUAGAUAUGCUUAGCCUCCUUUGAAUAUUACACAAUGUUCGAAUACAUGUAACAAAAUAUCACACAGUUCCUCAUAAAUAUGUACACUUUUGUGUCAAUUUUUAAAAAGAUUUUGUCAAAUUAACCAUUAUAAUUGACACUUUAAAAAUAAGUGGACCUGCAUACCUUACCCAUUCCACAUCUUUAUAGAACAAAAAUUUGUUAUAUUAAGGAUCACAGUAAUAAUCUCUAGAAAAUAUCAGAACAGAUACACAUAACAGCUUUAUAGAAUUAUUGCUGAUGGUUACUUAAGUCCAUGUUUUAAUAGCUGCUUCAAUGUGUUCUUUCAUAUUUCUCUUGACACCAAUAUAAGGGUGUGUUAUGGCUGUGUCUAGACGUUCCAGAAAGCCUCAUGUGGACAUAGGUGGGGCUUUUUCAGAGGCGGCUAGAUCUAGAGUGUGUGAUUGAUUCAUGGUGCAGUGCUAGGAUUAAGGGAGCUAGGAUUAAGGAUGGGUGAUUACUAGGUCAGUCCACUGAUUGGUUUGGCACCACCCUAAGCCCCGUAGCCUAGAUAGGGUAUAAAAGGGGCAGCAAAAAGCUGCUAAGGUCACUUGUUGGUUCCCUUGCCUCCUUUGCAUCCUUCUGCCCACCAUGAACAGUUUCUCCUCUGGGACAUCUGUCUGCCAUGCCACCCUGCCUUGGAGCCAGCCGAUUAUGGACUGAAACCUCUACAGACUGUGAACUAAAUAAACCUUUCCUCCUCUAA